GGAACACUAGAGCAGGAGGAGGGGGCUGACAUGGAUUUGGACCCUGUGUUUAAAACCCCUGCCAAAAGGAAGAAGAGAGCCCAAAGUACUCUACAAAAUGGCGAUGAGCAGUAUUCUGAAUGCUGAUGACAUUAAGAAAGCUCUGGACGCAUUCAAAGCUGCUGACUCAUUUGACCAUAAGAAGUUCUUCGAGAUGGUGGGGCUGAAAGCAAAAUCAGCUGCUGACAUUAAGAAGGCCUUCCAUGUACUGGAUGCAGACAACAGUGGCUUUAUAGAGGAGGAGGAACUAAAGUUUGUUCUGAAAGGCUUCUCUACUAAUGGAAGAGACCUGACUGAUAAAGAAAUUAGAGCUUUCUUACAGGCAGCUGAUAAGGAUGGAGAUGGAAAGAUUGGAGUGGAGGAAUUUACUGCACUGGUCCAUGAGUAAGCAAAACAGUCCAGUCAGCGCCCUUAUGACCUUCUGACUCUGGAUAUUAGCACACAUGCCCCCUACAUGCCCAGUACACACACACACACACACACACACACACAUCUGCUUGCUGCACCACUCAAACCUCAUACCUGAGCUCUUCUAUUAACACAAGUUAGUAUUCUGUACUUGGAGGACCAGAAGACACACACACACGCACACACACACACACAUCCCCAUCCACCUUCGGUGAACAGAUUGUGGGGUUUUUUUUGUAAGCCUGAACUAUAAGUAUACUUUUCUGUAAAGCUGGACAUUUUUAAACAGACUAUCAUGUUUUUUCUUCUCUUCAUCUUUCUAUCAAUUGUUCUGUCUUUGGCACUGCUCUCCUCUCAUCCUCUCUCCCUCUCUCAUCUCUCCUCUCUGAAAAAAGAGGUCAAACUGUGAAAUAAAAAGGUGAAAAUGCUUUAAGAGCACUGACUCAA